AUGUCGCAGCCUUCUGUUCUCAUAAUUGGCGGAGGCGCCUUCGGCACUUCUACUGCUUACCAUCUCUCCCACCGAGGUUAUUCCAAUGUGACCGUUCUCGAUCGCCAUGCAGCACCAUCGAAGGAUGCUGCGGCGACAGACCUGAACAAGAUCAUUCGAACUGAUUAUCCGAAUCCUCUCUAUACAAGACUUGGAAGAGAGGCAAUGAGUGUGUGGAAAGACCAGGACUCGAUUUUCCGGGGCAUGUUUAGAGGAACCGGAUGGAUCAUGUCUGCACACGAGAUGGCCAAGAAUUUCCUCAAAGCUGCGUAUGAAACUGCGACCAAAGUCGAUAAAGAAUCUGCACGAUGGAUGAGUGUCACGGAAACGAAAGAAAAAUGGCCUGAGUUCACUGGGUCUUUUGAUGGCUGGCUGAACCUUUGGAGUCCGCAAGCCGGCUGGGUUCCCUCCGGACAAGCCCUUCUUCGAUUUGCACAAACAGCCCAAGCCAAUGGGGUCAAAUAUAUCUCGGGGGAUGCGGGCUUUGUCAAGCAGCUGAUUUAUAACGAAGCUGGCACUUGCAUCGGGGCUCUGGCGGCCAAUAGACAGGUACACCUGGCCGAUGUGGUCAUCAUCUGCACGGGCGCAAAUACUGCGACGCUUAUUGAUUCGAAAGAUGAAAUAAUUGCCCGGUCGCAUUGUGUGGGGGUGAUUCAAUUGACACCCGAAGAAGUCAUCAAGUACAAGAACUUGCCGAUUGUGGAUGAUUUUGAGCAAGGCAUCCUAUUCCCUCCAGAUGAGAACGGGCUCCUCAAGAUUUGUAGUUGCCGAUUUAUUACGAACUACUAUAACUCGUUCAUCCCGGGCGCUUCCAUCGGACAUUCCCAUGAAGACUAUCCGGAAGACGGCGUUCCCAGAAAAAUCGAAGAGGAAAUGAGAUCUUUUGUUCGUGAUAUGAUUCCAGAGCUUGCAGACCGAGAGUGGACUUCAACCCGCAUGUGCUGGGACGGAGAUACCAAGGAUGUCAACUUUCGCAUCUGUCCUUACCCUAAGGCGAAGAACCUCUAUAUUGCCACAGCGGGGUCUGGACACGGAUUCAAGUUCAUGCCGGUUAUUGGAAAAUACGUCGUGGACAUGCUAGAAGGAAAGCUGGACCAGGAUUAUAUGGAUCUGUGGAAGUGGCGGUUUGGCGCAACUCCACCAAAGACUGGCAAAGAGCCUCAUCCGUGGCCACAGCGAGACUUGGGAGAGCUGGACGGAUGGAAGGGCAGAAACAAAAGAAUCAUUCCAGGGAAGCUAUAG